UGGCUGAGCCUGAGCCCCGACGGGCAGCGCCUGCUGACGGGCAGCGAGGACGGCACGGCGCGGCUCUGGAGCACUGCCGACAGCCAGUGCCGCGGCCACUUGCGAGGACAUGAAAGCUACAUCACCUUUUGCCACUUGGAAAACGAGGCUGCCUUCACGUGCAGUGCAGAUCAUACCAUUCGGAAGUGGGAUGUGGUGACAGGCCAGUGCCUGGCCAUCUACCGAGGACACACGUCGAUUGUGAACAGAAUCCUGGUUGCCAAAGACUAUCUCUUUAGUGGCUCCUAUGACAGGACAGCCCGUUGUUGGAGUGUGGACAAGGAGAAGCAGAUCCAGGAAUUCCGGGGCCAUCGGAACUGUGUCCUGACUCUAGCUCACUAUUCCUCCAGGGAUGUUCUUGAAGAAGAGGAGGAGGAAGAGGAGGAGGAGGAGAAAGUGAGCAGAGACCUGCUGGUGACAGGUAGCACUGACUGCACUGUGAAGGUCUGGUGGGUGUCCAGCGGGCGCUGCUACCAGACUCUGCUGGGACACACUGGGGCUGUCUUAUGCCUUAUACUUGACGCACCAAACAGGGAGCUGUUUUCUGGCAGCACGGAUUACACCAUUCGGACGUGGAAUAUUGUCACUGGAGAGCAGCUGAAAGUGUUCAAAGAGCAUCAAGGAUCAGUAAUUUGCCUAGAGCUAGUGAAUCGGCACUUGUAUUCGGGCAGCGCGGACAGGACAGUGAAGUGCUGGUUAGUAGACACUGGGGAGCGAAUCCAAACGUACAAGGCUCACAAACACAGCGUUAGCACUUUGAAAUACCACGCUGGGAUCUUGUUCACAGGAAGUGGUGAUGCCUGUGCAAGAGCUUUCAAUUCCAGGAGUGGAGUCCUGCAGAAGAUCUUCCGAGGACACAAGUUCAUCAUCAACUGUAUCCAGGUCCACAAUGAGUUGCUCUACACAGCUUCCCACGACGGCACACUAAGGAUUUGGGACAUCCGGGGAAUAUGCAAGAGAAAUAAGCGGCGUUUGAAGAAGGAGAGGUCUGUCCAGGGCAGGAGCUCACAGAAGGGAAGUCUGUCUCGUCUCUUCAAUAAUAAAGUUGGCUGUAUGGUACAGCAGGAGAAUGGGGAACACGAAGCUGUUGAACUAAUGUGA